CGCCCCCUCUGGCACUGGAGGGUGGAUUGGCCGUUGAACACAAGGUUCCCAGUAGUCUCGAGCGCAUUUUAAGCUUAUUAAAAAAUGUACGGCCAGGAUCUGAUCUCACCCAAUUACAGGCAAGUCUUUCCUCUUUCAAGCGAGCCCAACUCAUGGACUGAAGAGAAAUGAUUACGUACAGGCAAUUAUGUGGACUUUCAUAUACAUAUCUGUCUUCAGGCUGAUUUGUCACGUGUGUAUGACAUCUGAGCCGUGCAAAAGAUGGGCCACUGCAUGAAUAUCAUCUGGCUUGAAAAUCAGAUUGACCAACUCGUUGGGUGGGUCGCAUGUGUUUGCUGUCAUUCCACGGCUAUUAAUGGAUUUGAAGGUGUGGCCCACCUUUGGGUGGGUUAGCCUCAUCUUCAUGUGUUCCCCACCUUCUGCACCGCUUCCUCCUAUCUUCAAUCUGCCAAAAUCACAACUUCAGUUGUAUGGUGAGUCUGUGUACUGCAUUGGUGAGGAUACGCUGAGCAGGUGUGCUAAUGGAAAGAACGCUCUAGAGAGAUUCACGAGCAUUGUUACAUGGAAUAUAACGACAGCUCAGCCAGCGAUCUUUGGUUUAGCACUGUUCAAUCCCGUGCUUGGAGAAACGCACCAUGUGUCGAGGGGAAGUUUAAAUGUUCUUCUUGAACAGGUAAGCAUUCAUGAGGAGUGAUCCAUUGCACUUCCAUUGAAUCUAUCAAUAACAACUGUAUAAUCUUCACCAAAUGGUUUUUGGGGCUGUUUGGGAACAUUGAAAACCAUAGACAAGAAAUUGGUUUCCAUAGAAAUCUACUUUC